AUGAAUUUUAUUCAACUUAUUUGCAUACAAUUACUAUUCAUGGUUGUUUCACAUCAAAUUUUAGCAAAUCCACUUAUUGCUGAAGAAUUAUCUGAAGGAGUGAUGAAUAACAAUCAAAAUUUGGUACCAACUCAUGAUUAUAUACAUAAUGAUAAUCUUGAAAAAAUAUUAACUGAUUUAAAUAAUCUUUUAAAUCGUGAACAUUUUUAUGAUAAAAUAUCAAAACGACGAGCACAAGCAAAAGCUAACCUUGCUGGUUUAUGGGGUGUACCAACAAGAUUUGCAUAA